AUGGAAAAAAAAUUUCCUACUGAUCUUGAACUGCCCCGCCGGUCGCCCGCCGCCACCGGUCACCUGCCGGUUGCCCGGCCGCCACCGUCGCCCACCACCGGGCGACUGGCAAAACCGGCAAAAACCGGUCGUCCGGCCAUUGCCGUCGCCCAACCGCCGCCGGUCGCCCGGCCGCCACCGAUCACCCUGUCGGUCGCCCCACCAACACUGGUCGCCCGGCCGCUGCCAGUUGCCCCCCCAGUCGCCCCACCGGUCGCCCGCCACCAGUCGCCCAGCUGCCGCCGGUCAUCCGGCCGCCACCAGUCGCCGGCCACCGGUCGCCUUGCCGGUCGUCCGACCGCCACCAACAGUCGACCUGCUGCGGCUGGCAAUUGUCCCGCCGGCUGA